AUGAGAUCUUUUCAAACAUUUUUUGAUUCUUCUUUUCUCUCUUUCAUAGUUUCACUGGUUUCUUCUUUACUAUUUCAUAAUGUUUUUUUCUUAAUUCUUCCUUUUUAUACACUUCUUUCUUUCUUUCUUUCUCUCUCUCUCAUUUCUUUCUUUCCAUCUCUCCUUCUUCCCCCCUUCUUUCUUUCUUUCUUUUCCCUAUUUCUUUCUUUCUUUCUUUCUCCCAUUUCAUUCUUUCCAUCUCUACUUCUUUUAACUUUCUUUCUUUUCUUUUCUUUCUUUCUUUCUUUCUUUCUUUCCAUCUCUCCUUCUUCCCCCCUUCUUUCUUUCUUUCUUUUCCCUAUUUCUUUCUUUCUUUCUUUCUCCCAUUUCAUUCUUUCCAUCUCUACUUCUUUUACCUUUCUUUCUUUCUUUCUUUCUUUCUUUCUUUCUUUCCAUCUCUCCUUCUUACCCCCUUCUUUCUUUCUUUCUUUUCCCUAUUUCUUUCUUUCUUUCUUUCUCCCAUUUCAUUCUUUCCAUCUCUACUUCUUUUACCUUUCUUUCUUUCUUUCUUUCUUUCUUUUGCUUUCUUUCUUUCUUUCUUUCUUUCUUUAUUUAUUUAUUUAUUUAUACCCUUCCUUCUUUCUUUAUUUUUUCCUUUCUCUCAUUUCUUUCUUUCUUUUUUACAGAAUUUCCUUAUUUUUUUUUACUUUUGUCCCUUGUAUUCACUUUUUUUUACUUCUAUUUAAUUCUUUCUUUUAUUCUCUUUCUCUCCAUUCUCUUUCAUUUUCUGCCUCCUUUAAUUCUUUCUUUCUUUCUUUCUUUCCAUCUUUCUUUCUUCCUUUCUUUCAUUCUUUCCACUUCUGUCCUUUGUCUCUUUCUAUCCAUUCUCUUUCCUUUUCUAAUUUCCUUACUUCCUUUCUUCCUUUCUUUCUUUCUUUUUACAUUCAUUUUUCCUUCUUUCACCUGUUUUCUUCCUUCCUUCUUCAUCUAAUAUUCAUUCCUUCUGUUCGCUUUUACUUCUUCUUCAAUUUCUUUUCUAAUUCUUUAUUUCCUCUUUUUUUUAAUACCAUUUACCUUUUCUCUUUUAUUCCGCUCUAUUUAGAUUAUCUGCCCACCAAUCUCUCUUUCUCUCUCUCUUUUUCUCUCUCUCUUUUCUCUUUCUUCCUCUCUCUCUCUUUUCUCUCUCUUCCUCUCUCUCUUUCUCUCUCUCUUUUUCUCUCUCUUUUCUCUCUCUUUUUUCUCUCUCUCUAUUUCUCUCUCUCUUUUCUCUCUCUCUUUUUCUCUUUCUUUUUCUCUCUCUCUCUUUUCUCUCUUUUCAUCUCUCUUUUUUCUCUUUCUAUUUCUCUCUUUUUUUCUCUUUCCUUUUCUUUUCUCUCUUUUUUCUCUCUUUUCUCUCUCUUUUCUCUUUCUUUUUCUCUCUUAUCUCUCUCUUUUCUCUCUCUUUUCUCUCUCUUUUUUCUCUUUCUUUUUCUCUCUUUAUCUCUCUCUCUUUUCUCUCUCUCUUUCUCUCUCUUUUCUCUCUCUCUCUUUUCCUCUCUAUAUCUCUCUCUUUCUCUCUCUCUUUUCUCUCUUUUCUCUCUCUCUUUUCUCUCUCUUUUUCUCUUUCUUUUUUCUCUCUCUCUUUUCUCCGUCUUUUCCAUCUCUCUCUUUUUCUCUCAUUCCUCUCUCUCUCUCUCUCUCUCUCUCUCUCCAGCAAAGUUUUUUUAUAGCUUUUCUCAUCCUUUCUAUCCAAAAAUUAAUGUAUCUCUUUUACUCUAUCUCCCAGUCACUGUUCUACCAAUUAUUAGUCCGUCCUGGGUUAAUUCUUUCUUUUUUUAUUCCCUAUUCUUAUUUUUCUUUUCGUAUUUCUUCACAUUAUUUUUCUUCAUUUAUCUCAUUGAUCUGUCUUUUUCAUUCCUUUUCUUUCUUUUUUUUGCAGCUACGUUUUUGAUUUUCUUUCUUUCAUUCUUUCCUUCCUUAUAUUUUUCAUUUCCGUUUCUUCUGACAUCUUCUCACAUUUCUUUAUUUUCUUUCUUUGUUUAUUUAUUGAGUAAUUCUUUCUUUUUAUUUCUUUAUUCUUUUUACUUUCUUUUCAUUUUCGUUCUUUACCAUCAUUUUUUCCUCCUUUCUUUUCUUUCUUUUUCAUUUAUUUAUCGAUUAAUCACUUGUUCCUUUCUUCUUCUGCUUUUUUCUUUCUUUCUUUUUUUUUUGGGGGGGGGUCCUUCCUAUUCCAAGCGUCUUUCUUUCAUUCUUAAUUUCCUCGCGCAUUGCUGUUUCCCACAUAUUUUUUUCGUUCCUUUAUUCAUUCUAAACUUCUUAUCAUUCUUUCUAUAUAUACGCUCUAUUUUAUUUUUCUUUCUUUCUUAUUAA